GUGGUGGCUGCGGUCCAGAUCCCGCUGAUCGACGUUGUCGUUGAAUGCAUGCGCAUGCACCAGACUAGAUUUUCCCAAAUAUCUCGAGUUACCUGGUACAUCUCUUUCCCUGGAAUUCCCGUCUGUGUCCUAGACAUUGCCAUCUACAUUUCACAACAACAUCUCUAAGCUCGUCAACCAGUGAUUUGUCAUAAUCUUCAUGAUCUUGGACUUGGGCAGCAGACGCCAUUUCCAUUCAUUUCCAUAAAUGCAUUCGUCGUCACGUGACCUGAAGAUCACCUGACCAACAAUGCUGUCGGCAUAUUCACAGUUCUUUCUAGUCUCUCCCAUCUCUGAUUUCAACUCCGAAAAGAGCCAAUAAAGUUUAGAUUUUCGCGCGAAACAUGGCCAGGGUAGUUUGUGUCACUUUGUUAAUAUUAGCUUCAUCAUGUGUAUCAGGUAGCGACCCGAUGAUGAGGAGACAGCAUCAAAGAGGAACCGGUUAUAAAGAAAGAGACAAUUCGCAAUUCAUUUCCCCAGAAUCAGAUGAUGCAAGUGACUCCGACUCUUCCAAUGGCAAUGGCAGUGGUGCUUCCCGUCAAGAUAACUUUCUGAACCGCCACGCCCACUUACAAUGGAAAAUUUUGAGCAGGAAGAUCCAAGUCGGUACUGCAAAUCUUAAUAGUGAACAUUCCAAUAAAUUUCCCUGGAAGGCGAAUGAUCACAAAACACAGGAAAAUCAGGGACAGGAUGGAAACUUUUUUCAUGAACAUGAUGCUCGACUUGGCAAGAAAGAUGUUUUUGAUCAUGAUGAUAUGGAUCGAAGUUCAAGUUCAACCAGGACUAGCAAAGAUUUCAUCCCAGGCCAAAAUGCAAAGUCUUUCAGUGUCGAGACACUCAAUGGAACACUUCAGUUUCCCAGUGCAGUUCUGCUGAACAAGUCCAUCAUCUUCCACGUAUUUGACAAUAGAUCCGGAUUCCUAGAAUGUUUUUGGACUUCUGAGGCAUCCCUCAAGUCGAUAUCCUCCAGUCCUGAAAGCCUGCAUUAUGUAUUUAUGUCUGCAAGCUCCCAUGCUAAGCAGGAUGCAUUGUGGAUGCAGAACCAAAUAAUGAAUAUUUUACAGAAAAUGACUUCGGAAGGUGAAUUAAGGCAAAAGGCAGUUUGUAAUCUUCAAGCCAGACUUCACUUUGUAACUCAACCCACAUAUGAGCUGGGUAAUUGGCUUCCUGCUGUACUAAUGGAAUGGGCUUGCCAGGAUCACGGAUGUGGAUUUUCACAAGCAGUCUUCAAAUCAAUUACAGGAAGCUCCUCUGAAGUCAUUCUUAAAAGGUUGGAUGCUCGAUACGAUUGGCUGCCAUCCCCCGCCCAAGUUUUCUCUUCACCACAAUCUGUAGUGCUUGCUGGAAAUGGAUGCUCUACCAGUGAAUAUGUUGCAGGUCGUAUUGCUCUGGUUGUUGAUGGGGACUGUAGCUUCGCAGACAAGGUGAAAGAAAUGGAAGCCUCGUCUGCAGUCGGUGUAAUAGUGUACAGUCAACCAGGCUAUCCUGUGCAAGAUAUGAACUGUGAGGGCGCUGAAUGUGAUGAUCCUCCUAGUAUUCCUGCCACAAUGAUUCCAUACAACCAAGCCCUUCUCCAAAGUGUGCAAAAGGACUCCAUGAAUGUGAGCUUUCAGACAUCCCCAAGUGAGAACUUCUACUUUGCCAUUGAUCAGCAGGGAAAGCUAGCUGAAUUGGGUUGGUUGCUCUACCCAUCUUUCCAAUUCUUUGUUUGGCAAGCACAAUGGUUUGACUACAAGACUGAGCUCAAGAAGAACCUAUCUCAAGAAGUAACAGUCGUACCAGUGAUCAACGACACUAUCAUGCAAGGGCAUGCCGGUGUAGUCCAGACAGUUGACAUUCCAUCUUUACAAGAUGUCUCCAAGAUUGAGCUAGAUACUUCAUUAUCGUGUCCUGGGACUCGAGAUGAGUCGUGUCCACCAUGGGACCAUACAGUGCAGUUAUAUCUGUGCUGUGACCAGACAUCUCCACUAUGUGGCAUGGAGCUGGGCCGAUGGAUCACAGCAUUUAGAAGACGUAUUGGACGAUGGCUGACCGAUGUGACACCAUUAACUCCACUCUUUACGUCUUCUCAGUGCACAUUCACAAUGAAAACUGCCUGGUGGGCCCAACCAUGGAAACCUUCCCUCAGUCUCAGACUUCAUAAAUCAGCUAAGGUCUUGUCUGAAGGACAUCCGCGUCAAAUCCUUCCGCUCUUCCGAGGAGGUACAUUCAACCAGUCCUACAACACACAGUAUCACCCAAUCAACUUCACAGUCCCCCAGACAGCUAAAAAGGUCAUCUUGUAUGCCGUGAUCACUGGUCAUGGAAGUGACAACAAUGGCUGUGGAGAGUUUUGUGUGACAUCUCAUCAUUUCAUUGUUAAUGGUCAUCCAAAUGUCAACACAUUUACUAAUGCUGGUACCCCAAAUGGAUGUGCGGAAAGGAGCAUUACAGGUGUUGAACCCAACGAGCACGGGACUUGGCUGUACGGACGGGACGGUUGGUGCGACGGAAGAGAGGUGGAUCCUUGGGUGGUUGACGUCACUUCUCAAGUCAACAUGGAGGGAUCCAACUCCAUCAAGUACUUUGGUUGGUUCAACGGAACCGACCCUGAUCCUACGGCCAAUCCCGGCGUCAUCAUCAUGUACUCCUACCUUGUGAUGUAUAACUAGAAACUGGACUAUAUAAUAUAAUCAAUUCCAUUCUGAGGGGAGUGUCUAAAUCCAUCGCCUUAUUCAUGUAGAUGAAUCUGGGCCCUGUCUUACAAAGAGUUACGAUUGGUCCACUCAAAUGUAACUCUGUGGAAAUCCAUCAAUGUCAUAAUUUUUUUAUACAGGAAAUUUGCAAAUAUCCUUUGUAAAGAAAGGAGAACACACCAAAUUGUCAAGAGAUCAAUGAAUUUAUGGUAAUAAAUUCACAUGAGAAAGGUUUUUGAACAAACAUGCAUUUUCUAUGUUGACUUUGCUGGCUUUCCAUGCAAUUGAUCGGAUCAAUCGCAACUCUUUGUAAGACUGGCCCCAGACCUUCGCGCACUGUCACUUAUAACAGUCAUAACUGGGGGCUUCCAAACAAGAACUAAAGCAAUUUCAUUGAGUUAUGCAGUGAGCCAGGUUUGUUGCAAUUUCAGUGUACAAACUUUAUUUUGAUAGGUCUAAGAAAUAGCACCCAAGCUGAAUUGGUGAAGGAUACAAUCAAUGUUACAAUUUAUAUCAAAGGUUAGUGGCUCUUUCUUUUGAUUGUAACAUUAAUUGCCUCUCUUCAUGUAGUAGGGCUCAUAUACGAUGAUAAUGGAAUGAAUAGUAUCAGAGUUUUUUUUCCUGUGUAUUAAAGACUUGAUUAAUAUUUUGAAAGAGGUCUUGGAACAAAUGCAAUCCUUAAUUUUUCAAUUUGUAGGGAAAUUGUUCCUUCUUUGCAUGUAAAUGAACUUAAGCCUAGCAAUGAGUCUGCCCGUUGUCUUCUCAAACCUUUUGAAAGGAACUGAGAUGCAAAUUCCAAUGUAGGUUGCUCAGGGUAAAAUGCUGGAAAAUUCCCCUAAACUGUCAUGAAUAUUUGCAUAUUGUUGACUGCCCCUCAAGUGGUAGGUCAGAUACAGUACUUUAGCUUGCAAAUGUGAGGAGUGCAAUAUGUUGUAAUACAUGUAUUGACUUGGCUCUUAAAGGUACUUUUUAGAUAUAUUGGCCAACGUAAGAUCAUAUUGUACGAGUCAUAAUGUAGGUGAGUGCAAUGACAGUCUAAUCAUGACCAAUAUUUCCUGAUGUACUCUUGGAAGAAACCCAGUCAAUAUAAAAAAUGCAAGAGUGCUGACCAUGCACAAAUACAUUAUAUCAUGAAUAAAAACUGAUGCGUGUACAAUGACAUGUAUUAUUGAUUGACAAGCAGGUCAACUAAUCUUCAACACAUACUUCUCAUGCCAUGAUAAUAUGUGAUGAAUGAUUUUUAGAUAUAAGUGCUAUUUUCUUACGAGAAUUAAAUGUACUCCUGAUUCUCUAUUGUUUGAGUGUUGUGUAGUAAAAAAAAAAUGACGAUAUUAUGAUAAUAUUUAAGUAUUCAAUGAAACUGAGUCAACACAUUUUAUUUUCUUCAAGAGAGGCUUUUUUCUAUGUUUGACCAUGUACAAUAUUGAUCGCUUCAAUUGCUUCAUAUCUAAUGCAUAAUUGAAACAUUACAGGCUUCUGUUGUAUGACUUACCUAUCUUAUGACCUGGUUAUUGUACAGUAUAGCAAGUUGAAAAAUUUAUAUAUAAAUAUAGCGGUUAAAAGGGCAAAUAUACUUUUGUUACCUUAUUCUUAUAAUGGGUAUGUUUGAAGUUAGUAUCAUCAUUAUGCAAUUUGAUUGCAUGAAUUUGCACUUACAUAGAAUACAAGCACAAAUAGUGAGUUGUCACUUUGUAAAAAUUAUAUUUGCCUUACAUACUCAGAACAUAUAUGCUAAAAAAGUAAUGAUGGACAAACAGUUGAUACUGCAUAAGCACCCAAAUGAUGAUAUCGAAUUCGCGAUGGAAACUUAUAAGAUAUUUGCCUUAAAUCAUAUUCAGAUCACAUAUUGUUGAUGUUUAAAUUGAAAUUUAACACACUCAAGAUUGGUUAAAUGCAAAAGGAUCUGGAUGUGUACAGUGCAGGACCAUUUUGGUAUAGCGCACCAGGUGAAAGAUGUCUUAUGGAGAUUAGCAUUACCGGAGAAGGUGGUCUUCAACAGCUGCCGUGAAGGUUGCGACUGUCUGAGAAGUUGCUAUGGUGGCUUUUGUUACCAAGGAAUCCUUGACAUUUAAAAGUCUGCAAAAUGAUCAAAACAAAAAGAAAAAACAAAUAAAGCUAAUCCUAUUUUACAUUUUACUGUAACAUUUUGAAGAAAAAAAUCGACGACAAAUCUGAUUGAGUAAAACAUCAGGGCAAGGGCUAUAAUGGCUGUGUCAAUAAAAAAAAAUCUUUCUGUGUUUUUGUGAUGUUUAUCAGUUGUAUUUGUUUAUGAGAAAACUUAUUAAAUAAUAAGUUUUAUACUUUGUAAGAAAAUUGA